AUGUCCAGCACCUCCAAUAAUUCCCCUGCGGCUCUCGCUGCCACCUACGACUCGCCUUCUGGCUCGAGGAAUUUUGAGUACUCCAUAUCAACGCCAGAAAUCGAGGAGGACGGAAAGCUCAGCGCCGAAGCCAAAACGAAGUAUGUGUCCGAACUACGGGCGUCAAGCAAGAAGCUACAGGAGGAUAUCAACAAAUUCCUGACUGAAAAAAUGGAGGAAGACAAGAAAAAACCCGGACAAAACAGCGGGAACGGCACAACAAAGGAGAAGUCGAAGGAUGAAUUGGAAGAGGAGAACUACGGCGAAGAGAAUGAGCAGGAUGAUACAUAA